GCUCUCUGUUUUUUUCUCUGUGAAUAUUUCUUUUCGACUAUUCGACUUCAAACCUGAUUUUUCGACUUUUUAUUUUUUGAAAGUCGACUUCGACUUUUUUACAAAAAAAAAUCGAUUAGUCAAUUAGUCGAAAUUCGACUUUGGGAUCCCAAGUGUAGUUAAUGUGUGUGGAACCAUCAAACCAGCAACAACGUCAUCAUAACGUCGAUCCUUAUUCUUAAUUAUCGGACAGACGAACAGACGACCGUGAAUUUUAAUACUGCAGAAUCCGAAUCUGUGUGGAAAAAAAAUUAUUGUUAAAAAAGAAUAGUAAAAUACACAUAAAAACAAUAAUUAUAAGUUGCCACAGGCAAUCAUAGAUUUCUGGUUGGAGAUACCCCAAUUUUGAUUUCUUUAUUUGCUAGCGAUGGCUGACGUUGAAUCUUCAAGUGCUGUGCAGCCUCCAUCUUCGACUACGAGUGGGCAUAUUAUUCCUUUGCUGGCUGCUGCUGAAAUAUUAAAUGAUAAUAAUGCUGCGCAACAAGCCACAGCUUCCACCUCAAAUUUGAGUCAGCAAAACAGUGGAUCAAAUAAUAGUUCGUCUACUACCACUUCCAUGACUGUUACCACAACCCCCAAUGUAGAUGAACCUCCAGCCAAAAAACAAAUGCUGGACCAUCCUUCAACCUCGUCAUCUUUGUCCGUUCCACCAUCGGCUGCUUACGAAAAGCUAGAGAGCCGUUUGGGAGGUAUUUUGUGUUGUGCGGUUUGUUUGGAUUUACCCAAGACCGCUAUGUAUCAGUGUCAAAUGGGCCAUCUGAUGUGUGCAGCAUGCUUUACUCAUUUACUGGCUGAUGGACGCUUGAGAGACCAAAUUGCUACAUGUCCCAAUUGUCGCGUUGAGAUAUCGAAAAGUACAGCUUCUCGCAAUUUGGCCGUGGAGAAGGCUGCCAGCGAGCUUCCCAGCGAAUGCCAGUUUUGCAGUAAAGAGUUUCCAUAUAAAUCCCUGGAUCGACAUGAACAGCACGAGUGCUUUGAACGUCCAACAAACUGCAAAUAUUCGCGCAUUGGUUGCCAGUGGCGUGGACCAAAUCAUGAAACUUCGGAACACGAACUUAACUGCUUGCAUCCAAACAAAUCCGGAUAUGAUGUAAUGGCUGCACUUGAAGCACACGAUGCCAAAAUCAAGGAGGAAAAGAAAAUGUUUAACACGCUGAUCGAUCUUUUGAGCUAUGAGAAAAUAAUAUUUAACGAUUUACAAAUGAAGCCCUAUCGUACAGAUGAAUAUGUUCAUAAACUUUUUUACGAGACUGCAAGGUUUUCGGCCUUCAACCACCAAUGGGUAGUCAAGGCGAGAAUUAAUAACAGUCAACGUGAUCCCCAUCAAUCAAAUGAGCGAAAUAUCACCUACCAGCUCAUUUUGAAAACCAAAACCACAACUCCAAUGAGUAUACAUUUUUUUGCCCUUAAAGGACCGUUCUCCGAUAUGAAGGUUGGCACCCAAAUCUGCAAACACGAUUUCACAGAACAGAGUACCGAGAGCGACUACUAUGUGCUACCAUUACCUGAUAGCAAUGAAUGCAAUCGCUUAUUGUCGAAUAAAGGCAUUAAUUUCCGGCUCUUAAUGUUUUUGCUAAAUAAGUAAAUCCGUAUUAGCGUAGCUUCAAUUUUUAUCAUCAUUACUAUAUAUAUAUAUAUAUAUAUAAAAAUACAGUUGUAGUCGUAGGUAGUUACUCAGUUAAGCUAUUUUUAACAUUUCGUUCGAUUUUUUCAUUUAUAUUUUCGUGCAGUAUACACUUUAGAAAAACUAAACCCAACUUAAUCUCUAAUAUAAGCCGUUUUUACAAUUACAUACUUAUGUACUAUUCUAAAUAUUUUAUUGAUUUUCGAUAUUUCUUUACUUUUUACAUGUAAAAACAUUAAAAAAAAAAUUCAAUUUGAUUUCUAAUACUAGACUGUAAUAACUGCUGAUAUCUGAUAUUAGGGAGGCGGACAGCGGAAUUCUACGCACGGUUUUAAAGGCGACGAUUUUAUAAUUAAGACACAUUAAUGAGACUAGUAUUAUAUUUAACAUUUACACAAAACUAAGAAAAUACCGCUGAAGCCCUUCUGAACUUGGCUUCUCCGAGUUUAGGUGGCGAGCGCCAUAUUUGCAACGUGCUGGGACUGCAUUUGUCCUUUCCUCUGUUGACAUUUUUAAUUAAUUACCCAUAGUACACUGAAUUACUGAAUUCUAUUCUAUUCAAUAACAAAAAAAAGUGACGUGAGAUAAACUUCACACAAACACGAAGACAAAAUUACCACUUCAGUACAUAACGAAAGGUGGUUAAUAAUAAAUACAAAAUUUCUUCUUAAAUUCUUUUCACUAUAUAUAAGCAAUUACAAAAGUAUAUGUAAAGACAUAAGGAUAUAAUAUUACAUAUAUAGUAUAGAUCUCAAUUUCACCAUAAACUAAAGGCAUAAAUUGAUCUAACCAAAUAUUUUAUAUUUAACCUAUUUAAAAUAAUAAAACAACAAACUACGCAUAUUACGCUAUUAGAAAUAAUUUUAUCCUUUUUCAUUAGAAAGAGAUCUGCAUCUUCUUCUAAAUAAAACACUGUAAGAACAACACCACACCAAUAUUUUAAACUAAACCCCACACAGCAAAUGUCCAAUGACUUACUACCCGCAAACUCCACUUAGCCAUUUUUUAAUAAGAUUAUGACUAUGUUUACUAUAUUUUAGAAAUACUAAACACUUGCAAUCUCGUACUAACUCUUAGCAACUACAAUCUAUAACAAAAAAAUACAUUGCAUACCCACUUCAAGAAAUACAUGCAAAAUAUGUGAUGUGUAUUCCAUGAACAUAAAAUGUACAUUUUAAUUACAAAAUCAAA